CUUCAAAGCUGCGGCUUGAACACGAAUUUCCGCGUAUUGUCCGAGUCGUGAUGAGGAAAAGGAAACGUGUGAUCAGGGCUCAGCGCAGUAUAUAAAAAAAAAGCCAGCAGCAGCUUCGGGGCCUUGCAGAGACGUACAGAGAGACGGAGAGUUAGCGACCUUGCUCCAUCCCCACUCCUCGAACCCAAUGUCAGCACCAAUCGAGAGGAAAUCGCUGGAAAAUGCAGAAGAGCCAGUGGAUGAGGUUUUGCAGAUACCUCCUUCAUUGUUAAUGUGUGGGGGUUGUCAACAGAAUAUUGGAGAUCGCUAUUUCCUGAAAGCUAUUGAUCAGUAUUGGCACGAAGACUGUCUGAGUUGUGACCUGUGCGGCUGUAGACUGGGAGAAGUGGGGAGGAGAUUGUACUAUAAACUAGGCAGAAAGCUCUGCCGAAGGGACUACCUCAGAUUAUUUGGUCAAGAUGGACUUUGUUCUGCUUGUGACAAACGCAUCCGUGCCUACGAAAUGACCAUGCGAGUCAAAGACAAAGUUUACCACCUGGAGUGUUUUAAAUGUGCUGCCUGUCAAAAGCAUUUCUGUGUCGGAGACAGAUAUUUGCUCAUCAACUCAGACAUUGUCUGUGAACAGGACAUUUAUGAAUGGACUAAAAAUGGGAUGAUCUAGAAUUACACCUGAUACUCUGCACUAAUGGGUCUCAGUAUUGUCUAUAUGUGAAUUCAUCCUUUUGUAAGAGCCUAUAAAUGUUAAGGACUUGUACAGAUAUUUUAUUAACACAAGCUGUGAAGGUUUCAUUUAUAUAUAUACUCUACUCUGAAAUAUUAACUUCUGCAGCUUCACUAAGGAGACCGAUAUGAAUGUCAUCUUAGUAAUUGUGAUGAAUACUUACUCCUCAUAAAUAAACUGCUCAGUUUGACUUCUGACAGAUUGACUUGGCUCCCGAUCUCAUUGUCGGCUUCAAUUUCAGAUGAGGACAAAAGCAGAAUGCUGAAGGAGAAUGGGGAGUAUUUUCCUUUGGCAACAAGGCAACAUGCAAGUUAGUAUUUAUUUUUACUUGCUCAUGGAUGUGUGCACUGAACACAAGAGCAGUAUUUCUUGCCUUUUCCUAGAUACUCUUGAGAAGUUGGUGACGUUUUCACCCGCUGUAUUUCCAUGUAUUGAAGAUACACUCAGAGUGCUGUUUAGAAGUAAGCUCCAGAACUCUGACUCAGCCAUUUGUCAAUUGAUUUGACACAAUCAUUGUUUGAGCUGAUGAUGCCGCCUCUCCAUUAGUCAGCAAUUUCAGAGCAUAAAAGUUCAAAAGUUUUUUUUGCAUAAAUGUACCUUAUAAGAGUUUUUGGUUUAAUUCAAACAAGUAAUAGGUCAAUCCAAAAACGGGGGAAGAAAAGGAAAUCCUAAUAAGUAAACAGUCAUGAAGGUGUUGUUUAGCAGAUUGCAAGAUUAUUAGAUCAGCCACUACAAUUUGAAACCACAGAAAAUUGCAGAAUGCCAGAAAAAGGCCAUUCAGCCUAUCAGGUCUGCACUAGCUCUCUGAGCAUUUCAGUUAGUGCCAUUCUUCUGCUUUCUCCCUCGAACCUCAUACGUUCUUCCUUUCAGAUAACAGUUUAAUUUACCUUUAAAUGUCUUAAUUGAGCCUCCCUUCACCAUACUGUCAGCCAGUGCAUUCUGUAACCACUCAUUGCGUGGAAAUGUUUUCCUCAUUUUGCUGUUGUUUGUUUUGCCAGUUAAUUUAAAUCUUUCCUCUUUCCUCAAUCUCCCACAAGUGGGAAGAGCUUCUCCCUGUCUACUUUGUUUGCUUUGUCCAGAUCUUCCAUAUUUUCAAAUGUCUCUCUAAAAUCUCCUCACAUCCUUCUCUUCUCCAAGUCAAAAAGUCCUAACAACCACCAUCUCUCCAUGAAACUGAAGUUCCACAAGCCCGGAAUCAUUCUCAUGAAUCCUUUAUGCACUUCUUAGAUGUUCACAUCUUUCCUUAAGUGUGACACCGAAACUCGAUUAUGAGACUCAAGCUGAGGCUGAACUAGUAUCUUCACCAAGUUCAAAAUAACCAUCUUGCUCUAUACUCAUUGUCCCUACUGUUUAAGCCCAGGAUACUGAAUACUUUAUUAACUGCUCUCUCACUGUGUCCUGCUACUGUCAGUGAUGGCCUAUAAAUCCAGAUUCCUCUGCUCCUGUACUUCUUAUGUUUUCCCCACGUUCUUGUGAUAAAAAUUAGUUACCUCACAUUUCUCUGCAUUUGCCACCUCUCUACCCACUCUACCAACUUGUCUCUGUCCUUUCAAAGAUCUACAUUAUCCUACUCUUGUUCAGAAUAUUUCCAAGGUUUAUACAUUUGCAUGUUUUGAAAUUGUUUUUCGCCUGCUGGAUAUCUCAUUUUAUUAGGGGAAAAUUGUCAGCAUUUCAAUGGAACAUUAGAGAGCACAGGAUUUUUAGCAGGCAUCAAAUUUAAUGAAUAUUUAAUUCCAUUGCUCUUUUAAUAAGAAAAUAAGGAGUGAUACAACAUAAGUUAGAGCUUUUUUUGAAGGUUGUUAAUUCCCCAU